AUGGCUGAACAAUUCUAUACUGUGGCAUCGGAUAGUGAAACCACUGGGGAAGACAAAUCACAGCCUUCAUUACCUGAUGUUGCUAUUGGCAUUGACAUUGGGACUUCCAAAUGCAGUGUUGCUGUUUGGAAUGGCCACCAAGUUGAGCUCUUAAAGAAUACCCGUAAUCAGAAAGGGAUGAGGUCAUAUGUCAUGUUCAAAGAUGAUACUCUUUCAGCAGGAGUUACUGGAGGGGCAGCCAAGGAAAAUGCACAUGAGGAAAGAGACAUCUUAUCAGGAAGUGCCAUAUUCAACAUGAAACGCCUGAUAGGAAGAAUGGACACUGAUGAAGUGGUUCAAGCUAGCAAGACCCUCCCAUUUCUUGUGCAGACAUUGGGUAUCGGUGUGAGACCGUUUAUCGCGGCACUCGUGAACAACAUGUGGCGAUCUACAACCCCGGAAGAGGUCCUCGCCAUCUUUCUACUUGAAUUGAAGGCCUUGGUGGAGAUGCAUCUUAAACAUCCUGUGAGGAAUGCUGUGCUUACCAUACCAGUUGCAUUCAGUCGAUUUCAACAGACCAGGAUUGAGAGAGCCUGUGCAAUGGCUGGGCUGCAUGUGUUGCGGUUGAUGCCGGAACCAACUGCUGUGGCGCUUCUGUACGCUCAGCAGCAGCAGCAGCUUAUGCAUGACAAUAUGGGAAGCGGCAUUGAGAAAAUUGCUCUGAUAUUUAACAUGGGUGCUGGGUACUGUGAUGCAGCCGUGGCUGCCACAGCUGGUGGUGUUUCUCAGAUAAGAGCAUUAUCAGGAUGCACAGCUGGUGGGGAGGAUAUACUUCAGAACAUAAUGCGCCAUGUUCUUCCCAAUUUUGACAGUUUGUAUGCUGGCCAGACAGUGGAUAGAAUCCACUCGAUGAGUUUACUGCGAAUUGCAACUCAGGAUGCAAUUCACAAACUGGUUAACCAGGAAACUGUGGAGAUCAAUAUAGAUUUGGGGAAUGGCCACAAAGUGUCCAAAGUCCUAGACCAUUCAGAGUUUGAACAAGUCAACCGGGCAAUUUUUGAUAAGUGCGAAAAGAUCAUCAACCAGUGCUUGGUUGAUGCCAAGUUAGUACCAGAGGACAUCAAUGAUGUCGUAUUGGUUGGAGGUUGUUCGAAGAUCCCCAGAAUCAGAAGCCUUGUCCUGGGUUUAUGCAAGAAGGAGAUCUCUUACAAGAAUAUAGAUGCUCUAGAAGCUGCUGUUUCAGGUGCUGCACUGGAAGGAGCCAUCGCUUCAGGAGUGAAUGAUUCUUCAGGGAGCUUGGAUCUUCUCACAAUCCAGGCGACUCCUAUGAACCUGGGAAUCCGUGCCUAUGGUGAUAGCUUCGCUGCAAUCAUUCCCAGGAACACGACAGUUCCAGCAAGAAGGGACAUGCUGUUUACAACGACACACGACAACCAGACUGAAGCCCUAAUUGCUGUGUAUGAAGGAGAAGGGGAACGUGCUGAAGAUAACCAUCUGUUAGGAUACUUCAAGAUCACUGGAAUACCAGCAGCCCCUAAGGGAACAGUUGAGAUCAGUGUAUGCAUGGACAUCGAUGCUGCCAAUGUCCUCAGGGUGUUUGCAGGGGUCGGCAAGCCUCAAGGCCCAGCCAUUCCGCCGUUCAUCGAGGUGAGGAUGCCAACGCUAGACGAUGGCCAUGGCUGGUGUGGGCAAGCUCUGGCAAAGAUGUAUGGGAAGACUCUCGACCUUGCUGUUCUUCCAAAGAAGCUGCAGCCAUGA